CGGCGGCUGCGGCAGCGGCGGCAUUUUAGUCGGCGGCGGCGGCGGCGGCUCGGCGGCUCCUCCCAGCAUCCCUGGCGCGGCCAUUUCGGCCCCAUCUUGGCCGAGGGGAGGGAGCUGCAGCCGCCGCUCCAGCAGUUUGAAUUUCAGUUUCUCGGGGCUCCGAGCGGGCGCGCCGCCGCCCCCUCAGGCCGCCCGGGCGCCUCCGCUCGCCGGCCGGCCGCCCGCCGCCGCCGCCCCUCACCCGAGAGCCGCGCGGGGAGGCCCGCCGCCGCCCGCGGGUGGCUCCCGUCAGGGAGGACCGCGCCGGCCUCCCUCCCCGAGCGGCUUCCGCCGGAGACGGCGACAUGUCCCUGGGCUGAGCGCCGGCCGAGCCGGGAGGGCGGGCCGCGGCCCGCGCCGCCCAGCCGCCCGCGGCUCCGGAUCGCCGCCCGACCCGCUCCCGCGCCGCCGCCCCCCGCGCCGCCGCCGCCGCCUCCCACUCCCGCCGCGCCCGGGCCUGCGGGCCGCGCCGCGCCGAGGGCUCUGGCCGCCGCUGCGGGCUGAAUCGAGGCGCCGCGGCCGCCGGACCGAAGAGGAAGGCGGAGCCGCCGCGGAGGCGAGGGGCCGGGCCCGCAGCGCGACCGCAGCAGGAAGCGGCAGAGGAUGUCUCGCCCGGCGGCCCGCAGCAGCCCGUGAUCGCAGCGGCGGCCGCGCAGCAGCGCGAACUGGACUUUGUCUGCGGGGGCCCGCGCGCCGCCUCCGCGGUUUCCAGCGGGAUCCCCGAGGAGCCGGCGGUGCCCGCUGCCCGCCAGCCUUCUUCACCAUGUCCAAGAUGCCGGCCAAGAAGAAGAGCUGCUUCCAGAUCACCAGUGUCACCACUGCCCAGGUGGCCACCAGCAUCACCGAGGACACCGAGAGCCUGGACGACCCGGACGAGUCUCGCACCGAGGACGUCUCCUCCGAGAUAUUCGACGUUUCCCGGGCCACGGAUUACGGCCCCGAGGAGGUCUGCGAGCGCAGCUCCUCCGAAGAGACGCUCAACAAUGUCGGGGACACGGAGACCCCCGGGACUGUCUCCCCAAACCUCCUCCUGGACGGGCAGCUGGCGGCCGCGGCGGCUGCUCCCGCCAACGGAGGAGGAGCCGUUUCGGCCCGGAGCGUGGCCGGGGCGCUCGCCAGUUCCCUGGCGGCGGCCGCCACCUCGGCCCCCACCUCGGGGGCUCCGGGCGGCGCCCCCGCGGCGGGCGCGUCCAGCGGACCCGGGCCGGCAGCCCCAGCGCAGCCCCCCACCACUUGCAGUUCUCGCUUUCGGGUGAUCAAGCUGGACCACGGGAGCGGGGAGCCCUACCGCCGCGGCAGAUGGACGUGCAUGGAGUACUAUGAGCGGGACUCGGACAGCAGCGUCCUGACCCGGUCCGGGGACUGCAUCAGGCACAGCAAUACUUUGGACCAGACCGCCGAGCGGGACAGCGGCCUGGGCGCCACCGGAGGGUCGGUGGUGGUGGUGGUGGCCUCCAUGCAGGGGGCGCCCGGGCCCGACUCGGGGACUGACAGCGCCCUGGCUGCCGUGUCGCAGCCUCCCCCGUCGGAGAAGACGAGCCAGCCCGCCGCGGCCCCGCCGCAGAGCUUCAGCGUCGGGCCGCCGCCGCCCGUAGGUGGGGCUGUGGCCCAGAGCUCCGCUCCGCUGCCGCCGUUCCCCGGAGCCGCUGCCGGGCCGCCGCCCAUGAUGGCAGCCGCACCGCCAAGCCAGCUCCCGGGAGCCGGGCCGGGCGGCGUCCCUCCGGGGCCCGGGGCCCAGGUUCUGCCGCCGACGAAUGUAGCCCUGGCGCAGCCCGCCGCGUCCUUGCCUCCGCACCCGGGCCCGGCCGGCGGCGCCCCCGCGGCGCAGCACCCCGCGCACUUCUCCUACCCCCAGCCUCAGAUGCCGCCCGGGCAUUUGCUGCCGGUCCAGCCCUCCGGCCAGAGCGAGUACUUGCAGCAGCACGUGUCGGGCUUGCAGCCGCCGAGCCCGGCGCAGCCCUCGUCCACCAGCGCCGGAGCGACCCCUUCCGCCGCGGCCAGCUUUCCCCUGGGCGCCGGCCAGAACGCCGCCUCGGCGGCCGCGCAACUGGCGGGCGCGUCUUCUCAGCCCAGUGAAGCUGUGGCCCCGGGGCCGGGACCUGCGCAGGGCGGGCAGGCCGCGCCUUGUCCGCCGGCUGGCGUGCCCCCGGCUGCCGUGGGAGGCGUGGUGCAGCCGGGCCUGGGUCCCGCCGGGGCCGGGCAGCCCCAGUCGGUGCCUCCGCCGCAGAUCGGUGGCAGCGGUCAGCUGUCAGCCGUGCCUGGUGGCCCUCACACCGUGGUGCCCGGAGUUCCAAACGUGCCUGCAGCGUUGCCCGCUCCCAGCGUGCCUAGUGUGUCUACCACUUCUGUUACUAUGCCAAAUGUACCCGCGCCUCUGGCCCAGUCGCAGCAGCUGAGCAGCCAUACGCCCGUCAGCAGGAGCAGCAGCGUCAUCCAGCACGUUGGGCUGCCCUUAACCCCAGGCACUCACAGCGCUCCAACUAGUCUACCACAGUCUGACCUAAGCCAGUUUCAGACUCAGACCCAGCCUUUAGUCGGGCAAGUUGACGAUACUAGAAGAAAAUCAGAACCCCUACCUCAACCGCCACUUUCUCUCAUUGCUGAAAAUAAGCCUGUCGUGAAGCCUCCUGUUGCAGACGCCCUGGCCAACCCCCUCCAGUUAACACCUAUGAACAACCUCGCCACCUCUGUCUUCAGCAUAGCCAUUCCUGUUGAUGGUGAUGAAGACAGGAAUCCUUCAACUGCUUUCUACCAAGCGUUCCAUUUGAACACGUUUCAGGAAUCAAAGAACCUCUGGGAUAGUGCAUCUGGGGGAGGUGUUGUAGCCAUUGACAACAAAAUAGAACAAGCAAUGGAUCUGGUGAAAAGCCAUUUGAUGUAUGCAGUGAGAGAAGAAGUGGAAGUUCUAAAGGAACAAAUAAAAGAAUUAGUCGAAAGAAACUCUUUACUUGAACGAGAAAACGCACUGUUAAAAUCCCUCUCCAACAGCGACCAGUUGUCCCAGCUCCCCGCCCAGCAGGCCAACCCUGGUAGCAGCGCCCCGCAGCCCGCCGCGCUCGCGCAGCCCCCGCAGCCCGCGCAGGCGCCGCAGCAGCCCAACGUCUCCUCCGCCUGAGCCCCGACUCUGCGGGACGGGACCGGGACCGGACCGGGACCGCGGCGGCCGGCUGCCACGGCUGUUCCUCCCACUGUAGAAAGCAAGUAGCCGCGCUUUGGUUGUGUUUGGCCUUUUCAGUAUUAGACAAUCAUUCUGCAAGAGCUCUUCCUCUCUGAGAUGUCAUGCAGCGCUGUCCUUGUCCCGUUCCGUGUCACCAGUACACAAGGAGAGUAAUCGGUGGGGUGUAGUAAAAGGAGCAGAAAGCCCGCGUUUCACCUGGUGCGCACGAGCAGGUCUUUAAGAGUUCCGGUGGCUCUCCGCGUUUCCUGUUACCAUGGGUUUACCUUGAGCCUUCUCACCACGUUAUAAAUAACAGUUCAUCUAAAGAGCCACUUUUCUUUCAAUAUCAGUAAUAUUUGCCUACAUAAGUUUUCAUUUAUUUGUAUUUUAUUUAUUACAGGGCUGCUAUUUUCAUAAUGUACAUGAACAAUGUCACAGAACUUUUUUUAAUUUUUUUGAAUAAUUAUAAAUAUCAGUAAAGGAACUGAAAGACAGGAUUGCAUUUAAUAGAUAAAACGUUUAGGCAAUAAUUGAACAAAAGAAUCCUGGCAUAUUUCUAACACUAAUGGCAAUUUAGCUUUGGUAUUUAUUUUCAGUAGUGAAGACCCAGCUUGAAUGUAAAUUUUGUAUAGUGUAAGUAUGAAGAACAUAUAGUGCAGCUGUACAGGUAGUCAACCAGUUAUUGUGAUAUAAUGAAUAAUUGGGCUAUUUUGAUGAAGAAAAUUUUGCUCAUUUGUUUCUACUUUCUAAUAGAGAAAUUGCCACGAUUCCUCUGCUUUUCGACAUUUCGUAUGACUUUUCUUUCGGUUGGGAAUAAAAAGCUGUGAAAUUGUUCAACCCACUUUGUAACCAAAGAAGCAAAGCUGUGUAAUGGAGUUUUGUUUUGUUGUUUUUUUUUUUUUUUUUUUUUUUUUUUUUUAUAAUGCACAUUCUUUAUGUAUUUUUAUUUAGUGUUUUCUCGGUCACAAUUUUCUUUGCUGUCUAGCAUGAUCUGCAUGACCUAUAAUCUUUGAACCACUUUCGUACCUCAUGUUUUUAUCCAGCACUCUUAUUGUAAUAUGUACUAGUCUGUGAACAAUGUCAAAUAAAAAAGAACGAACAGGUAGUGUGGUGGAGCUGAGCUGGUGUGCAGUACACCAGUUGUACAAAAACAAAUGAAGUGAGCCAUCUUUUGUUCAUUUAAAAUGGUGUUUUGAAUUUCGUAUGCAGAAAACGUUUUGUUACAUUGCAGAUUUUAAUGUAUUUAAUAAAUGCAACAUGCAGAUUAAGUGCAGUGUAUACUGAGUAUUUAAAUUAAAAUGUACAUUUCAUAAAUACAGUUUCAAGAGAAAGCAUCAUUUUGUGUAUACUAACACAUUAAGUGUAUGUCAGAAAUUGAUGUAUAAAUAUAUAUUUUAACACAUUUUCUGAAAUUAAACUGCAGUUUUGUUGAAAUAUUUGGCUCUAUAUGUGUUCAAAAUUUGACUAGAUUUGUAUUUUCACAGUUCAGAGUAUUCCUUAAAUGAAAACCUGUGUUGUUAAUGACUUAAUGAUAGUUCUUAAAUUUUCAAAGUGAAUAAUUUAAAGAUUGGAAGAAUGGUGAGCAAUAUUUGUACUCAAUAUUCAUAUUACAUUAAGUAGGAAAUCCUUGUCUACCAAAACUUUUACUUGAAUUCAGAAAGGUGCCUGUAGAAAUUAACAUGUGCUGUAUCUGUAGCCAGCUAACUAAUCAGGAGUUAAUGAGAAAUAGAAGUUACCUCUCCAUGUUGAAAAAGAUGUGUUCUUUAUUUGAAUAAAAACUUGAUUAGAUUAUCCACAAACAGAAGGCAUAAAAUUGAGAUGUACGUGGGAUUACCAAAUAUUUUAUAUUCUAGUUGUGCUGCAGGAUGUACUUUCAGUGGACACAUUUUUAAUGUCAAUAACUAGAAAUAUUUGAAGGAACUAACUAUAGGCUUGAGUCACCCUGAGAACAUGAAGUGAGUCUGAAUAGAGCCACGCUGGUGAGGUGGAGCGCAAAGCCUCGCUGUGGGGAUGUUGACCGAAGACCUGCCAGUGCACCCUCCGGGACUGGCCUGCAGCACGCACUCAGGCUGAGAAGGAAACCCCAGAAAAGGCUGCAGAGCUGGGAAUGCCCUCGGUGGUAGAGCACCUGCCUGGCACGUGUGCUCCAGGCUCUGCAUUGAUCCCCAGCACUGGGGAAAAAAAGUUGCAAUUUUUGUGAAAGUAAGAGAUAAGUGUUGAUUCUGGGGAUAGAGUAAUGUUUCAUAAAGGAGAAGAGCAGUCAUCAAGGAAAUUAAUAUGUUGAAGUUUAAAAUGGUAACAGCAGCAGUUACUUCUACUCAUGUUAAAAUAGAAAAGGAGGAAAACAUUCACAGAAGAAAAUAAAAUGUGGUUUCUAAAGGUUCAGCCUCUAGUAACCUAAGAAAUGCAAGUUAAUAUUUUUAGCCAGUUGUUAAGCAUCUUUGAAGUGCAGGGCUUCGUGUAGUAAGUCAGGCUUUUCUGUGUAUUUGAGAAAGCAAUUUGACAAUAUGUUUCAAGAGCCUUAAAUACUAGUACUCUUUAAUGUUGGGCGGUGUGAUAACUCACGGUGCAGCGUCAAAAAUGCAAAAUUAUUGUGCCUGCCCUUGCUUACCUCCUUCCGUCAGAACUCAGACUCUCCCUUUAGCUCCACACCUCCACCUGCCAAAAAAACAGCUGCCAGGAGAAGUCCUUAUAUCCAGACCUCCCACGAGGCACGCCCCACACUCCUGUGGGCACAGUGGAGAAGCUGUCAGGCUUGUAUUUGAAGUGCCAAGCAUUCCCCCAGUAGGUCAGUUUGUUUAGGAUCUUGAAUAACUUUCAGUCUUACCUUGAAGCUUUGGGUCUCUUGCUCCAAAUAGCUAGAAUAUUAGCUGGUUGAAACUCCAACUUGGGGGCAGUUGUAUAGGUAUGUCAUGUAUUUUUAAUUUCUCAGUGCAGUGUCUACAGACCAGGGUGCUACAUAAGCAUUCUUUUGGUUUAUUUAGCCAACCAGGAAUUCAUAAGUAGAAAUUUUUCUAAUACAGUAAUAGGUGUACAAUUUAAAUCUUAAUUUUCCCCAAAGAGAAUUCAUUUUCCAUAAUUCCAGUGUGAUCUUACAACUUGCAACACCCCUAAAACAACACACACACACACACACACACACACACAGAUAGUUGGGAUUCGAUAGUUACUUUAACUCAUAAUUAAGUUAAUUGAAGCUAUAUAGCCUGUGGCAGGCUCUUUAAGACAUGACUGAGUUCUCUUCAGUAAUCCUGUUAAAAGGAUAAAGCUCAGUCCUCAGGAUUUACAGUUUAAAGUUACAGACCGGCCAACAGAUAAAAAGCAGAAACUGGAAAGAAAAACAAAAGCAAAUCCUUACAUAGUACUUGUACAAAAGAUGGCUUUGUCAGGGUAGGUGUCCUAAAAGGUGACAUCUGAGUGGAGGUUACAGCAAGAUCCUCGGAAGGGCAUUCCAAGCACAAGAAAACAAUGCAGAAAGGUUUAGAGGAGAGCGUGAACAAGGGUCCUGGGGCAGCCCCGGGGCUUCAGGGGAGAGCCUGGCAGUGACCGCCCCACAAGCCCUGAUGGUUGUGGCACCUAUUUAGAAAGCAAGUGCGACUUCUUGAAGACACUAGGCAGAGUGGUAGUGCUCAGUGGCAGGUGGGAAGUCGACUGGGGGGACUGAGACUGGGAGCUGAGAAGUAAUUUUGGAGGGACAACAGGAAUCCAGGCAAGAAGUGAUGAAAGGGCAGAGUUGCGCAGGCAGUUCCCUCGAAGUUCAUGGAGAAAGUUUGGGGUCUUUCUUUGCAUGUCAAUCAGUGUUCCACUCCCGACCUAAUAUGUCCCAGGUCCUUGCCCCUUCAAGGAAAAUCAAAGAGCCCCAGCUAAUACUGGAAAGCUCGGUCUGUUAUGUCCAGCAACCACAUACUGCUCUAUGAAACCCAAGUCUUUGUUUCCUGCUAAAAGAAUUUCAAGAAUCUCACAAAAGGGUGGGGGACAUGGAGGAACCUUGGUGGUCACUUUAUGCCUCUGGCAAUUCAGCCCUAAAGGUACAUAAAAUUUAAUCCUUUUAUGGUGACCAGGAUUAGCACGAUUCCAGAGCCUUUCCCUAAGAGCUGUACCUUGCUCUCUGAAAGGAGCACUGGUGUCGCCCUGACAGCCCCAGGCCGACAGGUUUUGCUGUGCUUUUAGCCUUUUGGCCUUUGAGGUGGAUCCAUCCCCAGCUGAGGCCGCAGUCCCGCACCUCUGCCAAUCUCCUGCCUCCUGGUGGUCCCUGUUCGUUUUCUAGCAACACUACUCGUGUUGUUUCGUGAGGUAUGCCUGCACCAGUACCCCUUUUCGACAUUCCAGACAUAUCCUCGUCUUGUGAAUUCUGUGCAGGUCCCAGAAUUCCAUACCGAGAUCUGCUCUUGACAUGCAGACGUCCCUUUGUCAGUGGGAGGAUUACUAUGCACUGAGUGGGUACAGUUGGUAUGGCAUGCUGUGUUCAGAGAUAAAAAUGCUACGCGAGGCACACAUAAGGCAAGUUCAAGUUCACAGACAUAUGCACUCUUUUCCUUAAUGGAAUCAUCAAAUAAGGAAAAUAAGACAGCUUUUCAGGAUUAGCGAUGGCAAAGUCAGAAGUCUGUUUUGCACUGGCACAGCCACUUGGUUCUUGAAUUGGCCAACAUAGCUGGGUGGCGAGUCACUUUGUUUUCCUUUCUCUGCGCCAGGGAAGCUGAUAGAGGAAUUUUCCAGCAACCUGACGUCUCAGAUCCAGAGUAUUUAAAUUUACAAAGUAAGAUAUUGCCUACAGAAGCCAUGGUCACCCUUCCAAAAAGAGAAGGCAAAGGCGUGCCAACAUGGAAAAGCAGCUGAAGUUCAAAACGAGGCACACGCAACUCCUCAGCUCUCCCAGGAGGAAGUCAGGUCGCCUUCCCAUUGCAGUCCCGCAUGCCUGUGAUGCUUCCAGAUAACAACUGUGAAGCACUCUUGCCCACUGCACCCCAAAGACUUUCUAGAGCAUGGUUUUGCUCUCAUUUCACAGGCAAGAAACGUAUCUAUAGAUAGAUGAAGCCCAAGGAGGUCCAUGGGCAGCAAAGGAACACCUUCCCACAGGGGCAGAUGUAGCCUCAGGUCAGUGUCCAGUUCUAGUAUUAUCACUAGAAAUGAAGUAAAUAACUAGAUAUCACUUAAUCAAGUGGCAGACUUGCAUGGACUGAAAAAAAUGUGUAAAUUCGUGAAGCACCAAAAGCAAAGUUCAGGAGGAAUUUGGGGUACAUUUUUAAUUUUAUAAAAACACUGGAGGGAUGCGAUUAGAUUCUCUUUCAGUUUAGGUGCUGCGCCCUGUCUUAGACGUUUAGGGAUGGAAAGAUGAAUGGAUGUGAUCUAUGCCGAGCCCGGGCUCCUAGGUCAGCAUGACGCAGAAGCUGAGGUGGCGCAGGACCAGGGUGACAGUCGGCGUCAUGGCUGCGGGACCUCGGCCUUAGUGAGAUGGAAGGCUCCUGUAAACAGUGGUAAUACGGCCCUGUCAAGAGACCCUUUGCUAUUCCAGGAAGCGGCUUCAAAUCACCAAAAGAGCUUUAACAUCAGACAAUGCUUUUAGUAAGAGGGGAUCUGUUAGAGAGCCUCCACCUCUACCUGCAACCUGUGAGGUAUCCCCUGCAACAGGGAAUUAGCCUGAGAGAGAAGUUUACACAUCUUUUAAUACCCUGUGUUUUUAAUAGAUAGUGGAGCUGAUUUAAAUCUAACUUAGAAUAGGAUAUGUGUCGUGAAUUAUAUUUAUUGUCUCUUGCCUCACAAGCAACACAACCUGGCUAACAAAAACAGGUAGUAGUCAAUGACCCAAGUUAAGAAUAACUCAGGUGCCCGAUGCCAAAAAUCAAUCUCUAAUAGAGCUGAGAAUCCAGAAAUAAACACAUAUCUAUAUGGAGUAAAUGAUAAAAGUGUGUUUCAAAUCAUUAUGGAAAGAAGGAAUUAGCUAGUACUGAGACAGCAAGGCCAUUUGGGAAGAAAGUAAGAAGUUUAGAAUCUCUCACAGAAUCCGUUCUACCUGGACUAUCGGUGAGCCUUCUGUUUUUUUGUUCCCAUAUCCUCCGUAGAAAUUGAAAGCUAUGGAAAAGCAAAUCAUUUUAAAAGUAGGUCAUGAAGAGAGAGUUGCCCUCAGCAAAAUAAGGAAAUGCAGGUGAAAACACAAAGUAACUUCUCAGAGCCAAUUGGCAAAUAUUAAAAAGACUACCCAUCAAGAGCUGGCGAGGGUGGAGAAGCAGGAACCCGCUGCGGUCAGUGCACAGGCUAGCCCAGCUCUUUCAACGCAACUGGGUGGUGCCGUUAGAAUUCCAAAUUCCCACACCUGUGACCCUGAAGUUCCAAUGUUUUAAUAUAUAACCCAAAAGAAACAUGUUCACAGGGCAGCUUACACAGUAACGUCAUCUGCACCUUUGCUUGUUAUAGUAUAAUAUUGGACAACCAAAACAAGGGAGUGGAAUACAGCUAGGUUACAAAAGGCUGUCAAUGAGAAGCAAUGAGAGGCCUAGCGCACCCACGGGAAGGAUCUAGGAUACAAUGUUAAAAGUUCAGGGCGAAACUGAAGAGCAAUACAUGUAACCAGGUGACACCCUGUAACAGCGGGGCUCGCACCCACAG